UCACAUUACUCUAUGUAUGUGUACCACAGAGGCAGAGCUGCCUGUAUCUCUACGCUAAAACCUUAUCUGUGUAUGCCUUUCACGUUCACUUUAACCUGAGCCUGCCAAUGUCGCCUCUAGAGCGUUACGGGGUCAAUGUCUGCCCCGUUAACCUACUGAGGCCGACGAUUCUACCUUCGGUGCCAACUAGCUCCCACAAUGCCAUUGUAGAUGUUUACAACCAUGCAUUAGCUCAAAAGGAUCAGGGAUUCUACGCCACUCUUAUGGAGGUGUAUUCAUUGAACGUGAAUACAACUCCUAAGGUCUUAGAUUACACUAGUUUAUUAUCGUUUUACAAUAAAUAUGCUGGCAUCAUUAAACAUACAUUGUUGUCUCUGUGGUAUAUGAAUGCCCAUGGCUGCGUUCUGAGAACCACUAAUACUCUGUAUCGUUCGUUGCAGGAUUCUCUGCACGGCAUAGAUGGAGGAUGGGAGUCUACUCGUACCGCUUUGUUGUUUACUCUGGUAUUGAGUCUAACCGGCAUUAUUAGUUGCUACCGUGCAUCGGAUUCCUCAGCAAUGCAAUGCAUAUACAGCAUGUGCAUUCUUUUAAUAUACAAUACAGUUUUUGUUCUUAUCCAAGAUGGUUUCAACGCUUUAAUAGUCUCCAUAGUGCACCUGUCCACAUUGAUCCUAAUAACCAGACGAAAACAGACACCAUCAGAUUUUGUUUGUUUCGGAUCGUUGGUCGUUAGAUUUAGGGGGCUAUUUAUGUUGGCUACUAUAAUAGCAAUACUGGCAUAUGACAACCUGCACUUUAAUCGCCACUGUUCAAAAACAUUUUUUAAUGGAUUCUCUGCUAUGGAUAUUGGAUGUGGAUUCAUGAUAGUCCAUUCAGGAUCUAUGCGUGCCUUAAGUAAAAACAAUAUUCCUCGUGAUAUAACUAAAAUCCUACGGCGUAAUUUCCCUCUUAUUCUACUUGGUAUCCUAAGGCUUGUUUCUACUAGGGCAGUGAAUUACAAUGUCCCAGUGGAAGAAUAUGGUGUUCAUUGGAAUUUCUUUCUUGCCCUAGCUGUGGCAAAGAUAUGUGAGCUUAUUACGUCGCAGUUUAUUCACAAAUGUGCAGCAUCGGAGAUCAUUCUUUCCAUUGUGCCCCCUAAUUUUGUUGCAUUAGUACCAGUGAUGAUUGGAACGUUUUACGAGAUUGCCUUAUGGUACUUUAAUUUGGCUACCGUUCUACCAAUGAUCAAACGUGUUGGAAUAUUCAGUGCUAACAAGGAGGGUAUUGUAGCCAUUCCAAACAGUGUGACUUUGUUUUUGUUUGGCUACAGUGUGACCCAGUCUUGCAAAUUUAUAUACGAAAAACGAGGACAAGCAUAUACUUUACUGCGCCUAAGCGUAACAUGGUUGUGCUGUGGGUUGGGAUCGUAUAUGCUGUACCUUAUCGGACUGCCUAGUUCUAGGACUCUGGGUAAUGCCAGGUUCGUUCUAAACACUGGAUGCGUAUUCACUUGGGGUCUUUUCACCGUACUAUUGGCGGAAAUAAUAUUCGGUAACAGGAUUGACUCUACAGUUUUAGAUUGCAUUGGAAGGCAUUCAUUCGUAUUCUUCCUACUGGCCAACUUUAUUACCGGGACUAUAAACUUAUGGGCACAACCCCUACUGCUGCCUAUAGUAUUCAUGUACCCACUGUUGGUUAUAUACGGUAUCAUAUGCUGCGUCGCUGUUUUGGUCAUAGAUCGCCACGGGCUAAAAUUGCUAUAACU